GUGCUCUUUUCGUAAAUUAGUACUUAAUCCCAUCCAUUAUAGUGCUAGUGAGUAGGGCACAUGGAGCACUUAGGGGCGUAUCUGCAGGAAGCUGUGGGCCUGGAAUACUUCGGAACCUUGCUUUCCCGAUGGCCACCCCUCCUGCAGCGUAUUGGAAGCAAUACACAGGCCGUGCAAUCCGGGUCGGAUCUACAGCAAAAGGGUGUUUUGCUGCGCCAGGAGCUUGAGAACGAUUUCUCCCUGGCACAACAGCUUCUAGACAUGGAGCAUCACAUUUAUCGCGUAGGGAUGGGCCUCUUUCAUGAUUUGGAGAGCACGUCUAAAUCAUCGGAACUGUCUGUUUUUAGACGUCAAUUGAAUAUGUUCUUAAAGGGGAUGCUGAAUGGGCUAUCAGUAAAGGAGGUCAUUCUGGCAGACUGGAGAUCUUCGGUCGACACUAUCUCAGCGAACACGCUGCGUAUUUAUACACAGUGCUUACUAUCCCCAAAAGAAGUCCAUCUAGGCGAUGUAGAUCGCUUGUUAACGUUAAUGCCGGAGAGCAAAAACAACGGCUUGUAA